AAUUGAUUAGAUUUUACAAGACAACGAUAUUUUGAUUAAAUUUGACAGAUUCACAAAAUAUAACUAUCAAGCCACUCUAGAUGCAGACUGAAACCUGAGUAAACAAAACUAAUGCUGGUCGCAAAAACGCUUGAUAACAAGUGCGUAGAAGAUAAAAUUUCGAAAAAGCACAGGCAGACCAUAGUUGGCAGCAACGCUAAAAUUCAAUAAACAACAAGAGAGGCCAUAGACGACGAUACCCCUGCAAUUCAAUAAAAGACAGAAGCACACAAGGCACAAAAAACACAAACUGUCAGUUUCAUCAUACGAGUAGUGACUGGCUCCAUCUGCACAGCAUGGCUAACAUCUGAGCUGUAAACUAGAAAUCACGUAGACAAGUGCAAAGACCAGGGCGAUAACCCAGGGUAAGAUGGACGUCUUUGCUGACGGUGCGGGAGGGUUCGACCAGCUGCACCUGGAUGGGAAUCAGACAGACCUGCACUCGUGUAACUAUCUGAGCCAGAACAAGACCCACUUCCUGUACAAGGAAGCAGUAUAUGGAGGUAUUCCAGAGACCCUCACCAUUAACGCAGUUACAUGGGUGGUCCUUCUACUGGUGUUUGCCAUUCUCCGUCGUGUUGCCUGGGACUAUGGUCGUAUUGCUCUGGUCACUCGCCAAGAGGAAAAUGAGAGAGCCGUCAACAGUUCUGGUUCAUCGGAGGAGAACAAAUACAACGUAUGGACGUCCCUGUUUUACGGAGAACAUGAUGGGAACCGAAAUGUUGGUUCCAUGGAGUCCUUAGAUACACAGGUGCAUGCACAAGACAAGGGGUUGUGCUCAUGGAUUGUUGCAUUCAUUAAAGUCAAGGACUGUGACAUUGUGAAAAAGUGUGGCCAGGACGCGUACCAGUACAUCCAAUUCCAGCGAUACGUACUGCUCUAUGUGCUCAUCAUCUGCGUUCUCUCCACCGCCAUCAUCAUUCCUGUCAACUUCACCGGCAAUAACAUUGGAAAUGCCACUGACUUUGGCCAUACAACCAUAGCGAACCUUGAUGCUAAGUCUAACCUGUUGUGGAUUCAUGGACUGUUGUGUAUUGUGUACCUCGCCCUGGCCGUCAUCUUCAUGAGGCACUUCUCGGUCAACCUGAAAUUUGAGGAUGAUGAACAGGUAUCAAAGACCUUGAUGGUUGCCAACAUUCCAAAGGACAAGUGUUUCAAGAACACUAUAGUUCAGCACUUCCAGGAGGGCUACCCAGAAGUCACAGUGAGUGACGUCACUUUUGCCUAUGACAUUGCCAAACUUAUGGAACUCGAUGCAAAAAGAGUCGCGGCCCAGGAAGCUCGUAUGAACUCAGAGAUCGAGCUGCAGAAGUCUGGCCACCGACCAACCAUGAGUCCCAAUACCUGUGGCCAGUGUUUGUGUUGUGGGGAGGCGUGUGGCUGUGUAGAGGUUGAUGCCAUAUCCUUCUACGAGGACAAGGAGACGAGGCUGGCAAAAGAGUGUGAAAAAGAGAAGGCCAACGCCUAUCAGCGACCACUCGGUGUCGCAUUUAUCACAUUUGAUAACACUGGCAUGGCAGAGAGGAUCUUGAAUGACUUCCAGCCAUCGUGUAAGGCAUCCCAAAAUCCCCAGCCCUCCUCCAUACAUGUGGACUUGGAUGUUGUUGAAUGGGACGUAUCCUACGCACCCUCGCCAGAAAACAUCUACUGGGCAAAGCUGUCUCACUCUGGUUGGCGAUGGUGGUUGAGGGCGGGAUUGAUUAACGGACUGCUGAUAAUUCUACUGUUCUUUCUGACCACACCGACCAUCAUACUGAGUAACCUGGAUAAAGUCAACUAUCAGGACUACAUAAACAAAACUGGUAAUGUUUUGCUAAUGCAGUUUCUACCCACCCUUCUAUUGUGGACAUUCACUGCUCUCCUACCAAACCUAGUCUACUUAUCUGACCAGUAUGUUGGGCACUGGACAAGGAGCUCGGAGCACCAUUCAGUAAUGCAGAAGACAUUUGUAUUUCUAAUAUUGAUGGUCCUUAUUCUGCCUUCGCUUGGCCUCACCAGCGCAAGCGCUUUGUUUGACUUGUUCAUACAAGAUCGUGGAAAGUCAGUAAACUGGGGGUGUAUUUUCCUGUCAGGGAAUGGUGCGUUCUUUGUGAACUACAUCAUCACCUCUGCAUUCAUAGGCACCGCCCUUGAGCUGCUGAGGUUUUCUGAGCUGUUUGUGUACGGCAUUAGAAUCCUGAAGUCUCGCUCCUCCGCUGAGAGAACAUCUGUUAGAAAGCAUGUACUAUGGGAGUUCCAGUAUGGGAACAACUAUGCCUGGUUCCUAUGUGUGUUUGCCAUCAUCAUGUCAUACAGCGUCUCCUGCCCUCUCAUAGCACCAUUCGGUCUUGUGUACAUGGUAUUGAAGCACAUUGUUGACCGUUACAACAUAUACUUUGCCUACAAGCCCUCCAAGAUUAGCCCCAACAUCCACUCCACUGCCGUCACCUAUGUCAUCAUCGCUGUCGUCUUCCUACAGUUCAACUUUGUCUUCUUCUCAGUUGUUAGAGGAAGUGCUGACCAGCCUAUCUCUAUAUUUUCCACUGUUAUUCUCUUUGUGAUUCUUGUUGUGUUCUUCGGUCGCGUGUGCUUCGGCUGCUUUCAGUCUGUCGGACCUUUCAACAAAAAUAGAUACAAGCAAUUUGGAGAGGAAUCCAACUUUGCUAAAAGGGAGGAUAGUAGCCAGCAGUUUGUAGCGAGUGUGUUGUCCGGGACAACAGGAGUCGUCAGUAGUACCCCAUCUGCCGCUGACACCCUGGCACAUUCCUAUGGUGCCAUGGAAACCACCAACACAAAUAACACACAAUAUCCAGAGACCAGCUCUACAGAAUAGGGGUGAAGGUCACUCAGAGGAUGUUAAAUAGGAUUUAAACAAAGCAAAUGACACCAGUGAAUAAUAAUCGUCUUGAAUUGUUUCAAAUGUUCAGUAGACAUGUUAACAUUUAGGAUGUUUUCAAGAGUCUUCUAUAUUCAUUAAAAUGAUUUUGUGUCUGCAGGUAAUUCCAAAGUUGCCUUGUGGUAGGCCAGUUGACAAAUCAUUUAUUUUAUUAUUCUUACUGUUAACAUGGGUUUACAAAAUUGAAAAAAAGAACACUAAAUUUUCAAAACCAUUUCAGAACCUUUAUCUUCAACAUUUAUUUUUUGGGAUGAUUUCUUGUUUUAAUGAUGUUAGAGUUUUCAUGCUCAGUAGAUAUGUAUCUCGUCCAAAACCAUAGUAGUAAAAUGUUAGUAUGAUAAACAUGGGGGUAUAUAUAGGGGUAUAUAAUUACCGGGGUAUGUAGUUUAUAUAAGGUGUGGUUGAAGAUUUCUUUAUUCCUCAAUAUGAGGAUAAGCUGUGUAUAACACGACCAUGAAUGUUAUGUGCAAUACUAUGUUAUACAAUAAUUAUACAGAUUAUUUAUUGUAAGUGUGUCCUCAAUCUUGUUGUGUUAAUGUUGUUCACAAAUUGUUAUCUGUUAUAAAGUCUAUAUUUACUCUUUAAUCUAUCACCAUUGAGCUGUACAUGUCUGAAUUUAAAUGACAUUGUUAUGAAUGUUAAUGGAUUUAUGUGAUAAAGUAUGCUUUCAUAUCUCUUUAUAAUUAUUGCAGUUCCAUGUUAUGUACUUCAAAGUCAAGAUCACCAAGAUAAUAAUAUUUGCAUGAUUUCAUUGUAUGCAUGUUUACAUCAUAACCUUAGUGCAAGAACUCAAUAUCUGCUUCUACUUCUAUAUACAGUUAUUGAGUUAUUGCACUAAGGUGAUGAAUGUGUAGUUUGAGUUCUUCGUUGUAAGAUUGCUUUUUCAACAGAUUUUUUUACUUUAAACAUGACAAAUAACUGUGUUUUGGUUAGGAAUAACAUAAUAAAAUUAAUAUUACAUUGUUUAUAAAAGAUUUUUAAGGACAUGGUGUUAAUCUGACACCUGUAAUCAAUCACGAUUCUUGUUGACCAAAUUAUGAAAGUAAGUUAUUAAUAACUUUAGUAAGUGAAUCAGUCAUACCCAGUUACUCCUGGAACAGCUUUGGAAUAGCCAGGGCUUAUAUCAGCAGAUCUAUUCUAAUCAUAAAACAGUCAUCGUCUACUUUGAUGACCCAUUGUUAAUGUGUUAAAUUUAACCAAGACUGCUAUCUCCCAGCUUCAUCACUUGAUCAGCUAGCAGAGAAAAUAGAGGCUUUACUACUUUGCAGCAUUGAAUUAAUUAACUUCCUAAAAACAGGACAUAAAAUUAUGUUUAAACUGAUUAAAACUAUUUUAAGAAACUCACUAAACCUUUAAGUCUUUUAGUGUUCUUUUGGUCAUGAAUUAUUUAUAUGACAUGAUUUCUGUUCAAAUUAGUACAUUUAGAUUUCAAAACUAUAUAAAUAUUAAUACUUAAAUCUUAAAUAGAAAAAUAGCAUUCAUACAUUAACUCAAUUUAAGUUGUCCAAUAAAAUCAAGAAAAAGUUUAAUAGUUAACUGAUUGAUUAGAUCUUGGGCAAAAUGCUGGAAAAGGAAAUAACUGAGUAGUACUGUAAUGCUUUGUUUUAAUCAUUUACUUCCAAACCUUGGACAGAGCUUUAGUCAAGAAUAAAAACAGCAUGUCAAGGUAAUAUGCCUUGUGUUUAAUAAGAUCAGAUGUAGAGUAAAUAAACCCAUAUUACUUUGUGAAACAAGAGGAAGAGAUCAUAAUUUUGGAAUGAUAUAAAGAUGGCUUGGUCUAACUAUUAUUACUAUAUUCACUAACAUCUUAACUCUGAGUUUGAGACUCAAAACUGUAAAAAAAAAUCUCAUAAAAUAAACAUCAGUGUUGAUGAUGAAACUUGCAGAUUAAGUUAAAUAUGAAUAUGUUGAUAAAAUUGUGUUUAUUAAAAUGUUGGCAUUUCUGAGUCUCCAACUCGGACUCAAACUGUUAACUUAUAUUGGCCCAGAACUUACGUAUUGUGUUUUUUUUUGUGUAUUUUUACAAAAGCCAGUGCAAAUGUUACUGAUUGAAAGCAACAUACUCUACUGUCUGUUGAGUUUCAUUGUUAUUGUUUUUCUUCUUUUAUAUACUUCUCUCUUGAAUAAAAUUAGAAAAGGUU